CUGACGAUAAGGACGGUUUCACCACGACCCCUGUACAGGGGAACUUUCCUUUAACUAACUNGACUAACUAACUGACUAACUAACUGACUAACUAACUGACUAACUAACUGACUAACUAACUAGCUAACUAACUAACCAACUAACUAACUAGCUGACUAACUAGCUGACUAAGUAACUAAAUGACUAGCUAACUAACUAACUAGCUGACUAAGCAACUGACUAACCAACUACCUAACUAACUAACUAGCUAACUAACUAACUAGCUAACUAACUAACUAGCUGACCAAGCAACUGACUAAGCAACUAGCUAACUGACUAACUAACUAGCUACGAGAUAAGGUCCAUCAGCAUCAGUGAUGUUGAGAUGUAUUAUUGGAUACUGUAGCUGACAUAAGGCAGCGAACUAUAAUAUUCUGUGUCAUAGAAGAUAAUACCCCCCGCAUUCUGUGUCAUGGCUUAGUACGUUGCUGUAUGCUCAUCGGGUUAUCCCUUUGGGUCUGGUCUCAAAGCUGAUUUGGGGGUCAGAUUGGAGACACAUGACAUGACAUUUCAGCUCCUGUUUUUGUAUAGCAUCUUUCUUGUACGCCUACCCCCGACCGCUUUCUGAAGUGAGUUCACGUCAGAAACGGUUUCCUGCUGUCUGGCACAUCAUGGCCAGCUUUCAUCAAUUGACUAGCAACGGAAUUGACAAAUUGCCGAAACGAUCGAGCGAGAAUGGUAUGGCCACCUGGUGUUGUAUCCAUCUCUUUCUUUGGCUUCCCCUGCCUCGUCUUCCCAAUCAAAAUAGAAAUACAACAUAGGGAAGGCAGCUACCUGGAUGGUAUUGACUGAGAUGAAACGAAGUAU